AUGCCGCCCGUACCGUCCGACUCUACUCGGACGCUCAGUAAUGCUCCUGUCGGGCGAGCUGGUGGCCAACGUGGCACUAUGGGUCGCGGCGGCUUGCACGUUCGCGACGAGCGAGACGCGCAAGGGGGUCUUGAGUUUAGCGCAGCUGAUCUCGCUCGUCUUCUCCUCUCCUCCUCUCGAUGCGCAGAUAUGGAUCACAUUGUCGCGAUAGACAACGCCACCCGCUCGCUCGUCGCCAUCGGCCAGACGCCCGUCACCGUGGGCCUCUUCUUCUCGCUCGGCCACUCAACAAUUGUGAUCGCCAUGACGCUCGCAAUUAUCAUCGCAACGUCUGCUAUCAACAAGUUACCGAAUGUUAGCAGCGUUGGAGGCCUCAUUGGCGUUUCGGUCAGCGCGAGUUUCUUGUUCCUCCUGGCCGUCAUCAACUCGGUCAUGCUGUGGCAGUCUCUUCGUGUCGUUCGUAGGCGGAGACGAGACCAGGCAGCUCUCGAAGCCCAACAACCGGACAAACUCGCUAUCGUACCUUCUCUACCUUCUUCCAACCUCUCUCCUCCCGUCUUCCUCCAGCCGACUUCCGUCGACCUAUCGGUCGCCCCCAAAACCGCAUCGACGACAGAAGUCAACCCACCGCUGGCCGAGAAGCAGCUUAUCGACGAGAAGGAGGGCGACUUGGCGGGAAAGGCUGAGCUUACGGACGAGGAGAAGGCCACUCGAGCUACAGACGAGCUACUCGGGCUGCCAGCGAUGACCUGCAUCGCGCGGAUAGGCAGACCGCUGUUCAAGCUCAUCAACAAGCCGUGGAAGAUGUACCCUAUAGGCGUCCUCUUCGGUCUCGGAUUCGACACCGCAAGCGAGAUCUCCCUUCUCGGCAUCUCAGCCCUCGCCUCCUCGAGCCCACACCGCCUCCCCUCCGCCCAACUGAUCCUCCUCCCGCUCCUCUUCACAGCCGGAAUGACAGCAGUCGACUCGCUCGAUUCGGUGUUCAUGUUGACGGCGUAUACGUUUCCUCAGCGGGUCGAUACACCGAUGGAGAGAGCGGAGAAGGGGAGGUGGUGGGAUGUGAGGGCGUGGGUGUUGUUUGAGAGGCGUUUGGGGGAGGAAGAGGAGCAGAGGAGGAGGGAGGAAGCGAGGGAGAGGAUGGGGAUGCUGAAGAGGGCGGAUGAGGACAAGUUGCUGGGCAUCAGCGUCGCGUUGACGGUCAUCUCGAUCGUCGUGGCGUUGCUCAUCUCUAUCACGGAGUUCAUGGGUCUCGCACUGGAGAAAUGCGCCUCCUGCUCAGCAGCCGCCGACUCCGACCCGAACCUCUCCGGCCGCUGGUGGCGUUUCUGGCGCGCCGUGAACGACAACUCGGGAUACCUUGGUGCGGGCGUUGUCGGGCUGUUUGUGCUGGUGUUUGUGGGAUGGGCAGGGUGUUGGUGGUGGAAUCGACGGAAGGAGCGGAGGAGGCGAGGUGGAGCGGAGGAGUAG